GCUCCAUGGAAAUGAUCGAAGCGUUUAAAUGGCGACACAGGAGGGUACCCCAGUCAGAGCCGGCGCGGCCGCCGUUCCCUAUGGUCAUGUGAUCGGGAGCGAGAAGUGGAGGGGGAGCACCCUGGCCCAGCUAUUACAAGGUACGGUAAGUCAGAAUAAAAAAUCAGUAACGUUUGUUGAUGUGGGUGGUCGGCCAGAUCUGUAUCUUUCCAACCGAGCGUGCGUCCUCUACAUAUCCGAGGCCGACCUGGUGGCAGGAAACGCGUUCAAGAGGCGACUCGUCCGCUUCCGUAAGGCCAGCAAUUUGAAAGGCGUGGUCAUAGCAGAGAGGACGCGGCUGAGCGAGCAGUACUUUCCUCCAGUGCAGAACUUUGUUGUUCUUGAGCUCGGCAUGUCGUUAAUUCCGGUCGCCAGUCAGAGCGAAGCAGCACAGCUCAUCCUUUGUUUGGUUCAGGAAUGGAGCAGAGAGGGCGGCAACAAUCCCUUUGUGGGGAAGAAGCAUCGUAGCCUCCAUGAUGGUGCCGUCCUGCAGACCGUGCAGAGGAUUCCCGGAGUGGGACGGGUGAAAGCUCAGCAACUCCUCCAGACUUUCCCCAGCCUCCAGGAGCUCGCCAACGCCUCCCUCACCGAGCUGGAAGCUGUGGUGGGGAAAGGGAUGGCCGGCAACAUCCACAAAUUCUUUACCAAAACGUGACACAGCCGUGAGACGUAUUCUUAGCAACCGCCAAUCAGAAACAAGAGCGCUGCCUGAUGGAUAUUAAUCAGAAAAAAGAGCGCUACGGGACAGUUACCAAUCUGAAAAAAAAGCACUACCUGGCAGCUACCAA